AUGUUAUAUUUUAAAGGUGUAAAUGUGCGAGACAAUAAAGUAUAUGAGGUAUCAAUACCUUUACACUCUGAUGUGAUUCCAGAAAAGAGCAAUUUCGUAAAUAAAGGCCGAUGCAUAGAAAUAGUGCUCCAAAAAGAAAAUACAUCUAGUCGUUUUUGGCCGUCGCUACUAUGCGAUGGAAAGAAACCACAUUAUUUAAAAAUAGACUUUAAUAAAUGGCGUGAUGAGGAUGACGAAGAAGUAGAAGAAAGCGGCGGCGACGCUUUGGAUUUAUCGUCGAUGUUGCAGGCUAUGGGCAGCAACAAAGGUUCCGGUGACAAAAAGCCGUCAUUUGAUGAUUUGGAAAGUGAUUCGAAUGACGAGAAUUUGCCGGAUCUAGAAUGA